AUGCCGGUGAAAAUAACGCCGCGACGGUGGCGGUGGCGGCGGAUACGAUGUUCUGUCUGUGGUGGAGAAGCCACGCAUGACACAUCGAGAGAGCUUCGUCGUGUGCAAAAAAAUCGAUUGCGUCGACUGGCGCUUUACUUUGGAAACGAUAGGGGGAUUGUUAGGCCAAAGAUUGAGAAGACCAUAUGUCAAGAGACUGGGUGGAUGGGAGGGCUGCACCGCGGGGGUUCGGAUGAAGGUGAAAGAAAUGGGCGGGUUCUACCCUGCGCAAAAGAAUUGUUCUUAUCAGCUUUCACAAACGCCGUAUUUGCGUUGUCGUUGCUCAAAGUGUCGGUCUCCAUCGCGCACGCAAAGCGCCAAGCAAGUAGAGCCGCGGAAGGACGAAUUAGUAUCUACUCUUAG